AUGACGUACACAUAAUAGUCUACUGCCAUGUGUAUGAAAACUUCCACGUAGGACCAGCAGGAAGGCAGUUAGAAUUGGAGUAGGGUUAUUUUACGAGUUAGUCGGCAGUUGUUACGGCACCUUAGAAUCUGUUUUUCUAAAAAAGAAAAUUAGUGAAAAUGAAAUACUUUCUUUUGAUUUCUUUACUGGUUUUACCGGCCCUUGUGUUAAUUUUUGAAGGCGGCAACAAGUUGGUAGCGUAUGCAGAUGAAGAUCCUUUGGAAGAUGAAGAAGCAGAUGUUGAAGGAGAAGCGGAAGAAGCUGAAUUAACAGCGGGGGAAACCGAAGAUGAUGAGGAAGAAUUUAAAAAUACAGCGUCUCCAGAUGCAGAUACAGUAUUACUUUUUAUUAGACCUAAUACUCCUGGCGCAUCUCAACUAGAAUUGCCUGCUGGGGUGCCAGUUGAAUUCCUUGUAGGCUUCCGUAACAAAGGUGGAGAUGAUUUUGUGGUUGAAACUUUGGAUGCUUCAUUCAGAUACCCAAUGGAUUUCAACUUUUUCAUUCAAAAUUUCUCAGCGAUCGGUUACAACAAAUUAAUUAAGUCAAAGGAGGAAGCUACUUUCCAUUACAGUUUUUUGCCAUCAGAUGUUUUUGCUGGGAGACCAUUUGGUCUUACCAUUAACUUGGCCUACCGCGAUUCGUCUGGUAAUCAGUUUCAGGAGGCUGUUUUUAAUGAGACUGUGCAAAUUGUUGAGCUGGAAGAAGGUUUGGAUGGAGAAACGUUCUUCUUGUAUGUUUUCUUGGCCGCUGGCGUGAUAUUGUUGUUAGUUAUUGGUCAACAAACACUUCUAUCUGUGGGUAAGAAACGUCCAACUAAGAAAACCGCGCCUGUUGAAACCGGGACGAGUAAUCCUAACAAUGUCGACUAUGACUGGUUGCCGAAGCAGACGCUUGCCAGUUUAAACAAGGAAAAGCAACAAAGAUCUCCAAAAGCGUCCAAGUCGCCAAAGCAGAUCAAAACGAGCCAAAGCCCCAAACAGCGUAAAGUGAAGCGUUCCACCGGGUCCGAAUAGUGAACAUCUCGACUGACCCUCAAAGCGAAACCACUCCAUUUCCUAAAUUUUUGUGGUGUUCAACUUUAAUUAAAUCCAUCGAUAUUUAUGUUUACUGUAAGGUUGUUUUUAUUAUAUUAUUUCUUUAAUUUAUAACUUUGUAAACAGUGUUGUGAUCUUUUUUUGCUUUGCGUUAGGUUAGGAUGGAUGGAUGUAAAUAUUCGGUUUGCCACAGUGUGGCCAAGUUAAUAAAACGAAUUUUUUUACUUA